UUGGUAUUAAGAGCAAUCAUCUCGAUUUGGAAUAUUUAACAACCCCCCCCGUUCAUCGUUGUCCUGCUAUCGGUACAGCUCUAGACACACGGGUUUUGUGAUCGGAAAACGAGCACAGAAGAAGAUGUUUUGAAGAAUAUUGGUCACCGAACUGCACUGGCCCCCGUUUACUUCUAUUGUAUGGACAGUCACAAAACCAGUGCAAGUGAAAGGGACAAAUUAACAACAUUCUUCAAAAUAUCUUCUUUUGUGUUCUGCUGAAGCAAGAAAGCCAUUCAGGUUUGCAAUGACAUGAGGGUUGUAGUUUUCUAGUUGUAUGUUUUUGCCCGGCACCCCGUCACCAUCAGGAUCAUGUCAGGCCAUCGCGGUAACACAGGGCAGCAGAGGCAGCCUGCUCAAGCUUGAGCCCAACCCAGAAUGCAUCAUCUCUUCCGUCUAGUGCUGGGACAGAGAGACCUGUCCCGCGCAGGUGAUCUCUUCUCCCUGGAUGACCAUGAGAUUGAAGAUUGUCUGUCUCAAGCCCUAGAGGAAAUCAAAAGCAUAUCCUGCUCUCCGGACUACCUGACCAAUGACAAUGACCAGGCGGUAGUGGAGAUCUGCAUCACGCGCAUCACCACAGCCAUCCGAGAAACGGGUUCGAUCGAGAGGCACGGAGCGGCGCUUGUGUCACUUUGGGAGUCAUGUCUUGAACACAACCUUCAGCCGCAGGGCAAAGAUGAAGACACGCCUCAUGCCAAGAUCGCCUCUGACAUCACAAGCUGCAUCCUGCAGAAUUACAAUAGGGCCCCAGUGAUGGCGCUGGCCGUGCCUGUGGCUGUUCGAUUCUUGCGGCAGGGGAACCAAGAGCUGAGCAGAAACAUGUCCAGUUACUUAUCAUUGGCUGCCAUUGCCAAAGCUGAACUCUUGGCCCAACACACUAAGGAUAUCACCUGCAGCGUACUUGGAGGUAACUUCAUGCUGUUGAAGGUGCUGCCAUCUGUGUAUCCACGGCAAUCAGAGCCCAUCCACCAGCGCAUCCGUGAGCUGAUGGCGUUGAUGUCACAGCUGGAUCAGACCGGCAGACAGCAUCUGCUCCGACUGCUCCAGAUGAUCUCUGACCUUCAUCCCCUGGUGUUAUCUUCUUUGGUGCCAUCUUUGAUCAGCUAUCUCAAUGAGAGUGAUCUGAGUGAUUCUGUCCUGAGCGUGCUAGUGAACGUGGCUCAGGCGAGCCCCCCUUCUAUCACAUCUUUCCUGUCAAUCUUGAGAAGGGUGGGUAAGAAAAAUCCUGCGCUGCUUGGACACAUCGCUAAGAUCCACGGGGCAGUGGGUCUAACUAGUGAGGGUCAAGCUCGUGUGGUGCUGCAGUAUCUGGUGUCUCUGUUAGCGAGUAUGGAGCACAGCGUUCAUCACAUACUGGUGCUGGAGAUUCGCUCCCUGACCGAUCGCUACACCUCCAUCCUGGGCGGAGGAGGAAAAGACAUCUACCGUAUGAGCAACAGUUUCAGUGCCAUCGCUCGACUGCUGGGACGCAUGCUGGAGGCUGAAAGUCCAGCGGCCAGGAGAGAGGAGAAGGUGCAGGAAAUGUCCAGGCCAUGUGAAUCCGAGUCUAGUUCAAACGUCUUUGAUGACAAUCAGCGGCUACAGGUGAAGAUCCAGGCCUUUGAGGAGAAGAUUGGCGACGAGGGGGCGGAGUCUGAGGGAGAGGGCAAGUCUCCAGGACCACAGAGACGUCACAGUCUGGGCCAGGCAGCACGAGAUGAGCGCAGAGAAAUGAGGUUUAACAGGUCAAAGAGUUUGGCUCUUCACGCUAUCCGCACACUAUCCAUUAACUCCGACAGCAGCCCGGAGGGCGAAGGCUCGGAGCUUAGUCCAGAGCCUGAUUCCUGUGUGACCAAACCCUGCCCAGAGACCACCUCAUCCCCCUCCAUCCCGCAGGAGAACCACACUGACCCCACAGAAAGCAUUCCAGACACAUCUCCAAACAGUGAGUGGCAAAAGGUAGAGGUUAGAGACCCCCGGGAGGGAGAUCGUCUGUGGAACCACCUUCGAGACAACAUGGAGGAAAUUAAAACCUUCUGUGCGGUGAUGAUAAAACAAAUCCCGAUACCUGAGCAAUGUGUCAUUGAAGACACACAGUGUGGUUGUGUAGCUAAGCUGUCGUUCUCGUGUCCGCUGAAAGGACAUUACUGCCUAUACGGAAAGUCCUGUUUCUCACUGACCAGCCGCCAGCCGCACCUCUGGAUCCAAAUCAUGCUGCUCGCUCUGCAGAGUAAUGUGAGUGCAGUGCUGUGCUCUCAGGACGAGUGUGUACAGCAGCUCAAAAGAUUGUGGGAGGAAACACGGCUGACAGGAGCACACAGCUUUGAGCUCGCCAUCACCCAGACCACCGUUCCUCACAAGAAGGAUGUGGACAGUUUACAGAUCUAUCUGGAGGAGGUGCGUUUCUUUGAUCUGUUCAGCUACAGUGAGGAGGAGGCCAGCUGGCUCUGUUUCAUGUGUCGUAACCCUGAGAAGGCCACAGGUGUUAAUCAGGAUGGUCAGCCGCUCAUUGAGGGAAAGCUGAAGGAGAAACAGGUGCGCUGGAAGUUCAUCAAAAGGUGGAAGACACGUUACUUCACGCUGGCUGGAAACCAGCUUCUUUUCAAAAGAGGAAAAUCAAAGGACGAGCUGGACAACAGCACAAUCGAACUGAGCAAAGUUCAAAGCGUUAAGGUGGUCGCGAAGAAGAGACGUGACCGUGGGCUGCCCAGAGCCUUCGAGAUCUUCACCGACAGCAAGACCUACAUGCUGAAAGCUCAUGAUGAGAAACAUGCAGAGGAAUGGCUCCAGUGCAUCAAUGUGGCUGUGGCCCAAGCCAAAGAACGUGAGAACCGGGAGGCCACCACAUACCUGUGAUGCCUGGAUGUGAAGACAGUAUUUUAUCAUUAAGUUCAUGAAAAAAUUCAGUGACAAAAUCCCUUUUCCAAGUCCACAGCGGCGUAAUGCUAUCAUGGCCAAUAGUUGUCAAAAAGGUAUUGAGGUCACAUAGUGCACUUCUGAAUCAUACAAUGACACAUGAAACAAAUUAAACACAUCAAGCGUCAUCGACCAAAGAAAAGAUUGGUGUUCAGAACAUUUAGACAUGUACUGUACCUGUGGUUAGGUGUAAUUUUUUUGCAUCAAAAUAUGAUGAUUUAUGUCAUAAUUGUCUUCUAGGAUGUGCUUGUUAUCCGAUUUAAGUAGAGAAACUGGCAUAUUUGCUUAUAUCAUAAGCGUAGAUGCAAAACUUUGUAGAAACCGGCAUUUUACUGCCAGCACCCCUAUGGUCUCAAGGACAAACUUAAUCUUUACAGCAAUAAUAAUGAAAUACAUUUGGUUCUCAGUUGUCAAACCGUGUCGAGUGGUAUCACGCACAGCAGUGGAAGAAUGGAGCCGGAUUGAUUCAAAAAAAGUUAGCGGACCACAUGCAUCAACAGGUGCCUUUAAUACUCAUGAGUCAAACUUCAGUUAAAACCUGUGGAUGUUUCGAGCUUACGGCACGAGAGAGCUCGGUCCGCAUUGUUCUCAGCCUCGUGAACUUGCAUGUCAGUGACGUUGAUGAAUGUUUUCUGUAAUACCAUGGAGGACCUCUCCGAAGUUUGAGGGACCCUCAGAACAAUGAUGGUGAAAGGAAUUAGUUCCAGCGCUCUUGAGUUUCAUAGCUGUGUUUCACUGUGGUGGGCUUCGUGUCUUCAGGCUUAUUUACUGGCAGCGACUUUCUCUUGUUCUCUAUGGCUUUUUAUCAAAGGACAAAUACCACACUUGAGUUGUACUGUAACAAAGGCUGAAACAAGCCUGUUUCAGUUAUUUAUAGAAAUAUCUGCUCGCACACAUCUGGAUUCUCCACUCGUGAUGUUUCAUGGGAACCCUGUACUGUUUCUGUUCUUCAUUACAAGAAACAGUUCAUCACUGCACAUUUAAUAUUUAAUAUGCACUCUUAUAUACAGGGGUCUUAUAUAUAGUACUCUUCUAACUGACCAUGCAAAUUUAAUGCAAGAAAUGCUUUUAGCUGUUACAAAUUAAUCCUAUUGAUAGUUCUAGGUUCUAGUUUCUUUUUUCAAAUAGGACACAAUUGAAAUAGUUCCUCAUGGGUUGAUGUAAUCCUAAAUUAGCUUGUCCCAAGUUUUAUACUGUUCAUAUUAAAGCCAGGAUUAAAGAUCAUAUUUGCAUUUGCCAUUAUGUUUCUGCAUGAAUACUUUUUAGUUCACUCAAAAAUGAAAAACCUGUCAGCAUUUCCUCACCCUCAUUUCAAACAUGUAUGAGAACACAAAAGAAGAUAUAUUGAAGAACCUUGGUAACCGAACAGCACUGUUCCCCAUUCACUUCUAUUGUAUGGACACAAAACCAAUGCAAGUCAAUGGGUGGCCAGUUAACAACAUUUUUCAAGAUGAUCAAGAUUUAUUUUGUGUUCUGCAUAAGAAAGAAUGUCAUACAGGUUUGAAAUGACAAUAGGGUGAGGAAAUGAUGACAGAAUUAAAAAAAUUUGUGUGAACUAUCCCCUUAAGCGAACCAUUCUUAAUUAGACAAACAUUAGGGUUUACAAGAGCUAGUGUCACAAACGCAUGCCGUAGAGUUAAAAGUGGCUUAAGACAACAUUAACUUGUGGUUAAGCGAAGUGAGGAAAGUCUUAUUGUUGUUGGAAUUCUCAGCAUCCACAGAACAAACAGAGAUAUAAGCCCAGAUGUUUCUUGUUUGCUUCACAGCGUAGGGUUGCUCUGUGCAUUUACUUUAGUCGAGAGCUGAAUGCUAAAGGACCGCACAUCAGCAUCUUGUAGCAUUUAUUUACAUUUCACAUCCUUGUUGUUACACACAAACCAAUGGGGUACAUACAAAAUACAAGCCUUAGCGGUGGCGUAAAACACAAGUUUUUCUGUCCUCUUUGGUUCAUCAUUUCAAAUGCAUUUCCAGGCAGCUGUAUAAAUAUCUGUCCAAUUACACUCUAAAUGAAGUUGUGCAUGUGUGCACGUCACCUUAAUGACCCGAGCGCCACUGAUGUUUGUGUUGUUUCUCCUGAGGGACGAAUGUUUAUUUUCUCCGCAAUGAAACCUGGAGGGUUUUUUCCUCUUUUGAAUGCGUUUCUCAAUGUUACGCUUUUGUGUUCUGCUGGAAUUUACGCCAACUGAUCUACUAACUGUCAGAGGCAUGCUGCUGUUUCAAAGACAUUUACAUUUAUACUACUGGAAAUAAAUACUUCAUUUGAAUAGAAAAAGUAUGCUGUGUGAAAUCAUAUAUAUAUAUAAAUGGGCACAUUAAAAUAAAAUGACAAUUUUAUGUUCCAUAAAGAAAUAUCUCUUCUCCAUUUUUUGGGUGUUAUUGCUUCUGGUUUGUACAUUUUAAUUCACAGAAAUCUUAUAAAGUAUGUUGUACCUCAAUUAUUUAAAACAUUUUAACUUAAAAAAACAUAGAGGGAAAACUCUAUGUUUUUUUAAUUAUAAAACUUAAGGUUAGACUGAUAUUUUUAUUUCUGGAUCCUCUGGGUUUAGGAAAAUAUAAACACAUGAUUCAAUAUAAAGGUAAUAAAUACAUUCUCUGAGAAUUCCUGUAAAGUUUUGUAUAAAACGGCACACGCAAAAUGCUGGAAUUGCCCAAAUAUUUGUAUGUUGAACCUAUUUGUAGUUUAUUGAUUUUGAUUUCUUUUGCACUGUAUUUAUUUCAAGUGUCUGAAAGUAUUUGACUACUUCAAAUACUAAAGGAUGUAGAACAUUAAGAUGUUUCAUGUUUAUUAACAUUUAAUUCCAGCUGAAAUUGUUUCCUUUAAUAUAGAGGUGAGAAAUACACUAAAUCUACUUUUUUAGACAAUUGUUAUUUUUGAUGUACUGUAUGUUUUUGAAUGUGUGUUGAUGAUGACAUUCAAAAUUUUGAUUUAUUUGUUUACUAA